CAAUAGAAUCAUCGUAAUCAGCUGAUUGUAUUUGUAAACAAACUAAAUACUUAUUUCGAAGCAAUAAGAAAGGAAGGAGCGCAAUGUAAGUAAGCAAGUUAUUCAUUUUAUUAUUGUUAAUCAUUUAUGUAUUUAUAUUUUAGGGGUAAGAAACGAAACGCAAAGCAGGAAGAGAUUAUGCUCUCCUUUAUGCAGCAAAAUGAAGGAAUUGCUAAAGGUUUUUCGAAAGGCGACAGGGUUCAGAUUGAAGCGAAAUGGGCAGAACUAACCAGCUCCCUCAAUGCUGUCGGUCCGCCCUGCAAGGAUUUGGGUGGGUGGAAGAAGUCUUGGGUGGAUUGGAAGGCCACUAUCAAGAAAAAGCUGGCAAGCAACCGCCGAGAAAACAUGGCCACUGGUGGCGGCCCAUAUUCGCAGCAGGUUAUUUCCCCCACUGAAGAAGCAGUUGCGGUGGUUUGCAACCUACAGGGCUGUAGAAGGUAUUAGGGGCGCAAAUACUUUUGGCCACGCUUCAGUCCAAAGCGUAGUUGUCGGCGAGGAGGCCACCGACCUUGCUGCUGAAAAUGUUGGCGAUGAAAGCAACACAAGCUUUAUAGAAGUGAUUGACGAUACAAUCGAAGCCACUGGGCCACAAAGCACAUCAAGGCAGCGUCGACAUUCAACUGACGCAUUCGAAGUGGUUUGCAUUGAGCAAAACAGUAUACUAAACCGUACUGCCAAUGUAUUGGACGAAGUGCUGGUGCAGACGAAAAACGAGUUCAAAGUAAUGGAGGAAAAAGAACAGGAGAGGAAAAGACACUAUCAAAGAAUGGAAGAAAUAGAGCAGGAGAAAUUGGAAACGCUAAAGAAGUUUCUAUAAUGCAAAGUUAAAGUUGUGAAAAAUAUCAUAUGUUGCUGUGAAUCUGUGUUCAUUAAAUAUAAGUGAUGUGUAUAAACGUGUGUAGAUGUAGCAAAUUUCCCAGCGAAAAUUCAAAA